CGCUGGUCACGUGACUGUGACACGAACGACAUGGACGCCUGAGGAGAUCGCAGGCUGUGUGGUGGAAGGAAACAGACUCUCCGUUGUCGCUCUUCAGACGUUUCUCUUACCGCGGAGCUCUGUUUACCGCUCAUGGUGUGCUCGUUUUUACUGCAGUAAUUCUGCCCGCUGUCAGUUUCACUCAAAUGCUCACUGCAACAUGCUUAAUCCCAUCCCAAAUAUUUAGUGACCUUUACUAUUGACAGUGAGAAAUAAACACCUGGCGCCGUGUCCUGGCAAUGCCUCGGCUCGAGGAUGCGUAGCAGAAGUAAUAAUUUAAUAAUGACCCCUGUUGCUGGCCCCUCCCUGACGAGGGCGAGGAAGCCGGAGAGAUGGGAUUGGGGAAAGACUUUAUAGCUCCAUUCUCCCUGGAGCUCCUCCUCAAGGAUAGAUAGACUUGAGCCUUUGCAGUAGUUGAGGGAAGGCGUGCGGCAGAGUGGGAGAGAGAGCGAAAGGGAGGGAGGGAGGCUCUACUGCUGAACCACAGCAAGUGUGGAGAGGAAGGGAGGGCAAGAAGAACGGAGCGAGGGGGGAGCAGCAAGAAGGAGAGGUUUGCGCCGAACAGAUAAGAGACGCCCACCGACAACAGCCCGUAGCAUUUCCACACGGCUGGGACGGUGGGAGACUUCUCAUCUGCCAGGGACGAAUGUGGAGAAAGGUGCCGUAGGCGCCGCUGGCUCCUCUCCUCGACACAGCCGAGCCCAGCGGAGGCAGCAGGAGAGAGUGUCAGCGAAGCACAAUCUGACGGCAGCUGGAGCCCAUGGAGUAGCAGCAGCAGCAGGAGCAGCAGGAGCAGGCAGCUGGGACUCUUACUCUCCCUCGCGCUUGAAUUACGGACAAGUGGGUGCCCUUUGCAGGUGGUCUCUUCGUCACUUCUGCAUGAAGGAGCGGCAACAAGGUGGGCACAGGGCCAACAGAUCAAGCCCCCAAGUCUGUUCUUCACCAAAGGGAGAAGAGGAACUCUCACUAGCCACCCAGGCGUGACGCAGACCGACCUUCGCUGUCUCCGCGCCGGGACUCUCUUUCCACAGGGAGAGAAGAAAGACGCCCUGCAGUGCCUGUCAUGGAGGACACACUCACCUGCAGCCCCACCACCUUCUCCCAGGUGUUUGGCCGCCAGGGCCAGCUCAUGCAGGCCACGGUGCAGUCUUUGAACAGCCUCAAUGACCAGAUUGCCCAUUUCAUGGUCAGCAGGCCCCAGGCUUUGGAACACGAGGACCGCAACUUCCUUCCCAACGAGAAGGACACCCUGAAGAAGUCCAUGACGCUAAUGAGGCACCUGCUGGUGGAUGCACAGGGAAAAAUCCUUAAAAUGAUGGAUGACAACAAGCAGCUGGCCCAGCGGAUCGAUGGGGCCAUCCAGUCAGCCAGCCAAGAGGUGACCAACCUGCGAUCUGAACUGUGCGCCACCAGCCGCAGGCUGGCCGAGCUGGGGGCUGACGACCCCCCUAGCAUGGAGGACAACCAGCCCCAUCACCACGGUUCGUCGGGACACCACAGGCAGAUGCCAGCCACUGAUCUCUGCUUCCAGACAGACCUCUCGAGCCUGAUGGAUUUCAGCACUCCGGACUCAUCCUUGGACAAAGUACUUCUGCGAGAUGAGGUGGCCCAGCUACAAGAGGAGGUGCUGUUGCUGCGGCAGAUGAAGGACAUGCUGACCAAGGACCUGGAGGACUCUCAGGGAGGCUGCUCACCUGAGGUUCUCUCUGCCACUGAGCUCCGUGUACAGCUGGCACAGAAGGAGCAGGAGCUGGACCGUGCCAAGGAGGCAUUACAAGCAAUGAAAGCAGACAGGAAGAGGCUUAAAGCGGAGAAGGCCGACCUGGUGAACCAGAUGCAGCAGCUGUAUGCCACGCUGGAGAGCCGCGAGGAGCAGCUCAGAGACUUCAUUCGUAAUUAUGAGCAGCACAGAAAGGAGAGUGAGGAUGCAGUGAAGGCCCUGGCCAAGGAGAAGGACCUUCUGGAAAGGGAGAAAUGGGAUCUGAGGAGACAGACCAAAGAAGCCACAGAGCAUGCCAGUGUGCUGCGCUCCCAGCUGGACCUGAAGGAGAACAGAAUUAAGGAGCUGGAGGCAGAGCUCACGAUGGCGAAACAGUCCCUGGCCACGCUCACCAAGGAUGUGCCCAAGCGGCACUCUCUGGCCAUGCCCACGGAGCCUGUGGUCAACGGUAGUCAGGAGUGGGUCAUGCACGCAGACCUCCCCCUCACGGCGGCCAUUCGCCAGAGCCAGCAGACCCUGUACCACGGACACACACCUCAUCCUGCAGAUAGGCAAGCUGCAGUGCGGAUCAGCCCCUGUCAUUCACGGCAGCCCUCCAUCAUCUCCGAUGCCUCAGCUGCCGAGGGUGACCGCUCCUCCACCCCAAGUGACAUCAACUCCCCCCGCCACCGGACGCAUUCCCUCUGCAAUUCAAUGGAGGACCUCGACGACCAGAAGCGUAAGAAGAAGAAGGAGAAGAUGGGCCUGGGUUCCCUGUCACGGGUCUUUGCCCGGGGCAAGCAGCGCAAGUCCCUGGACCCAGGCCUGUUCGACGGCACCUCCACCCCUGACUACUACAUAGAGGAGGACGCUGACUGGUGAAGAAGACCUUAGCACGUGAGCCCAGGGAGACUGUGGGUUUGGCUGCAUGUGCCCUGACCCCCUGCUGCCUCUUUCAAGUGUAUAUAGUACAUAUAAAAACGCAUAUGUAUGUGUGUAAAACUAUAUAUACAUAUAGUUUUUAUAUAAGUGUGUAUAUAUAGAGAGGGAGAACUGUUGUAUGUGGGAAGUUAGCAGUGCUUAAAUCUUUUACUUGUGUGUAUAUAUUGUUUUUUAAUGGGAACUUGAAGGAUUGCUGUGUACUUGUAAAUAAUAGUCAUUGUACAUUCUGUGCUUGUAAAUGUAUUUUGUCUAGCAUGCUUUUUUAUUUUUUUAUUCAGCUUUUCUAUUUAAUUUGAGUUGCCCCUUCCUGCCAUAUCCAUUGCCCCCUUUCACUCAUUCCCUGUAGUUGGCUGUUUCUCGCAAAAAGUUGCCCGCAGGCAAAGAAGAGACUGCGUGUUGCACUGAAGUUAAAUCUGUGUUCAUAGUCAGCGCUGUGCUGGCCAGACUGAAAGUGCCAGUCCUAACUAGUAACAAUUUGUUGAGCAGUAAAGUGCACUGAUGUAGCUCAGGCCGGGAGAAUAAUGGACAUGCGCAGCCCUGUAGGAAAGACACUGGCUAAAAUUUUUUCCGGUCCCAACUGGGAGUGAAACUGUUUCGUUUCACUUUUUACGUCCUUAAGUUGGCACGUGGAUGUUUAAAUAUUUAUUUAGAAAGGUGCCAUUUUACAGCUUUAGGAGGAACAGUUAGAAUUUAAUUUAUAUAUUUUAAAUAGAGGAAAAUAUUCACAUUUAGAUGUUGUGCUCAAUAAUGUGGAUGAAAUAACAAAGGUGACCCAAACCCAGUGGGUCUUUACAGACUACAGGGUUCAAGACACACUCUGCAAACCCCCAUCUUGUCUGUGAAAACUAACUGGGAGGGACAGUGUUCAGUCUUUAGUGUUUGUAUGAGUGUGAAUAGAGAGCAGUGGCCCAGCUCAGUUGGCACACUCACAAACUUGUAGCUUGAAGGUGCUGGUUCAUGUCCCCAGAGGGUCCCUGUUGUUAUACCAUAAAUUAAGGUAAAUGUCUUUGCUUCAUUGCAGUAUCAAGUUGCUUUGGGUACAAAUAUGAGCUAAUCAACAAAUCAUUUGGAAAGUGUGAUUAGUAUCAGUCGAUUGCUGUUGGGAGACCGUUUAGUUAAAUAACAGCAUUUUUCUUACUGUGCCAUUAUAGCACUGCAUGUCUGGAGAUGGCAAAACAUAUAGACAAGCUUUUUGGUGAGACUCCCAUCCUGCUCUGAUGGGCCUGUUUGAGGUGUCCUAUACAUGUGAAGGAGUGAAAUCUAUACUGUUAUACGAUAUGAUCCGCUCUGGGCUGUUUUUACAUGAAUGGUAGUAUUCUAGCGAAUAGCAUCUACUUUUUCUCAAUUCCAAAAAAUCUUCUACAAAAGAUACAAGAUGUUUAAACCAAAUCAAUUCUCUUCUGCCAGCUGGAAGAACGACAGCACUUUCUGAAAAUAACUUUAAAAGGAUAUACAGUAUAU